AUGUCGUCAGCAGUCGCCAUGCUCGACUACGUCGCCGACCUGAGCCCCGCGACCUUCUGCCAGCUCUUCUACGUCCUCAGCGCCGCGGCCGUGCUGGCCAUCGCGGCAACCCCCGACUCGGCGCAGCGGCUCCUGACGCAGUACGGGGCCCGCAGCUCGGGCGACGCAUCAUCAUCAACAUCUUCUUCAUCACAAGAGAAGACCAGCAAGCGGGGCACGAGCGAAGGGGUCGUCACGGACGUCGCUGGCUGGAUCACAUCGGUGGGCAAAGUCCCUCACUCGUGGUUCAUUCAUUUCUAUAUCCUGUCUCUAUCUUGCUCCGUCUUCUGGGCGGUCCAGUAUGUGUGCCAUGGGACCCUACUCGAACUCAUUAUGAGGAAACAAGCCUCCAGCACGACUGCAUCGAUGACCUUGGGCCAAGUCGUGCUCGUGUGGUUCCUUAUGGGCUUGCAAGGCGCUCGACGCCUGUUCGAGUAUCUGGCUGUCCUCCAACCAUCAUCUUCACGCAUGUGGGUAGUCCAUUGGCUCCUGGGAAAUGCGUUUUACCUAUGCACAAGCAUGGCCGUAUGGGUGGAAGGGUCUAGCUCGAUCUCGUAUUCUGACCGAAUGGUCAGCACCGUCAUUCCACCAUUGAAGGUCAUCCUUGGCGCAGCUGGAUUCCUGUUCGCAUUUGUUAUGCAAUACAAAUGCCACCGAUACCUAUCGAACCUGAAAAAGUACUCGCUUCCGUUAGACGGCUUAUUUCGGUACCUGGUCUGCCCACAUUACACUUGUGAAUGCCUGCUGUACCUCUCACUGGCAUUAGUGGCAGCUCCCGAAGGCCAAUUGUACAACAGAACGCUGGUUUGCGCGGUCCUCUUUGUCUCGGUCAACCUCGGUGUCACCGCCAACGGCACAUACAAAUGGUAUAUUGAGCGGUUUGGCCACGGAUUUCAGGAGAAGUGGAAGAUGAUACCCUAUGUAUUCUGA